UGACCGUCGUUGUGACAUCUGAGCCAUCUGAGCAUUCAGAACUUCUGAAAGUAUUCGAAGAGAUGGCUUCGACGCGACAGGCAUUUGCUUCCGAUGGUUGAGCUGCACAAGGGUCGCGCCUUCGAUCACCGUCAUGAAGCCAGACGGGAAAGACGAGUCGGUGAUCGCCAACAAACGCUUCACGGCACUGUGCUUGUCGUGGAACGUGAUACUGUCAAUUCUCAUUGUGAUUCUGAACAAAUGGGUGUACGUGUACGUCAACUUUCCGAACAUUACCAUGACCAUGUACCACUUCGCGAUGACCUUCGCGGGCCUGCUUGUGUGCCGCGCGUUCAACGUGUUCCAAGUGAAGAAGCUGCCGCUGCGUCAGAUGUUACCGCUCGCGACGACUUUCUGCGGUUUCGUCGUCCUCACCAACCUCUCCCUGGGUCACAACACGGUGGGGACCUACCAGAUCAUCAAGACCCUCACCAUGCCGACCAUCAUGGUCAUCCAGCACUACUGGUACAAGAAGAGCUUCUCGCUGGGCAUCAAACUCACGCUGGUACCGCUGACGUUGGGCGUGUACCUCAGCACCUACUAUGACAUCCGGUUCAACAUUCUUGGCACAUGCUAUGCCCUGGCCGGUGUGGUCGUCACUUCCCUCUACCAAGUGUGGGUUGGUGAGAAGCAGAAGGAGUUCCAGGUGAACUCGAUGCAGCUGCUCUUCUACCAAGCACCCCUCUCGGCGCUCAUGCUGGUGGUGCUGGUGCCGAUAGUCGAGCCACCCUGGGCUCCUGGAGGGUUCCUUUACCAGCAGUGGAGCUGGCUGCACCUGACGCUGGUGCUGACAACAGGUGUGGUGGCCUUCCUGGUGAACCUGUCUAUAUACUGGAUCAUAGGAAACACUUCUGCAGUCACCUAUAACGUGGUGGGCCACAUGAAGCUGAUGCUUGUGCUUGUGGGCGGCUUCGUUGUCUUCCAGGACCCCAUACACACCGAGCAGGCCAUCGGCAUUGCAGUCACGCUGACGGGCGUGCUGCUGUACACGUACAUCAAGGUGCAGCAAAAUGUAAAGGAGAGGCUGGUGGGAGCCAAAGCCACGAUGGCAUAGCCAUUGCAGUCACUCGUAGCCUUGGGCUAGCUGCUCCAAUAAGGUCACGCAUCGGUCAUUUGUACACACGAAAUUCACCUGCUAUGGUGGCUGGAAGCACCGACACUUUGCUGCCGAUAGUAAGGUUGCUGGUUCAUUUCCCAGCCCCGACUGCAAUGUAUAAUUGCAAAGGUGAUGUCACAGCCCCAGAUGAAGGCUGCUCCAAUAGGGUAGUGUAUCAGUCAUGUGUCAGGAGAAGUGACCAAGAAUAGCACUGAUAUGUCGCCAAGAGUGAGGCUGCAGAUGCAUUUCCCAGCCUAGACUGCACACACACCAGCGCUCACUUCAAUCCAUAAUUUACUUUGUGCCAAGAUUUUGGAAUACGUUGAGGUGUGCCAUAUAUAUUGCCACAUGUGUUUCUUAUUAUCACUUUUGCUAUAGUAUUUGGUUUUCGCCCACAAAGACUGUCAGUGCCUCAUUGUUGGAGAGGCUUUGCGAUUGUUGUAGAUCGUUUUGGUAAGAUUGCGCGCGGGAUGCGAGCAUUCGAGCUUAUUCUAGAGCUUGCGCGACGGCCAGCAAUACACGUUGUACACUGAUAGCGGCGAACAGGGCGUCGGCCGUCGAUAAACUGACAAGCGGUGAAGCGCGUCGGCGUCCAUACAUGUGCCGUCAAGAAUUCCAGCAUUAUCGCUGGCCAUCGCGCAAGCUCUAGAAUAAGCUCAAAUGUUCGCGUCCUGCGCACAAUCUUAACCAAACGAUCUACAACAAUCGCGAAGCCUAUCGAACAAUGAGGUGCUGACAGUCUUUGUGGGUGAAAACCGAAUACAGCAAAAGUGAUAAUGAGAAACGCACGUGGCAAUAUGCACUCAAGCUCGUUUAGUAUUAUGAUCAACUUUGUUGUGCAAGAUGUGUUCAUUAUAAUUGGGCUUUCCUCUCGGAACUAGUGAUAAGAAAGAGGGAAAGAUUUAUUUCCAAAGGUGACACUUACUGUGCUUAUGCAUGCUGGCAGAAAUUGGCGAUUGAGGUCUGUUUCAAAAGUGUCAAGCCGUUAAUGGCGCUCCCCAGUUUUUACAAGCUCUGAAUGUGUUCAUACGUCAGGCCCCUUCCAGUCCUCUUUACUGGAGGCCUACACAUCCAAAAGCUGUCGUAGCUCUCCAACAGUGCUUCAUUGUACAGGUAGGUUUGCCGACGCAUCUACGUCAUCGACAUAAAUGGUCUGCUUUUGGCAAGACUUACCUUGACACCCCGUGUCCACAUUGCUGAGGAGGAGGAAACGGGAGCUUUCAAAAAGCAUUUUUUAAAAUUCUUUACUGUCUUGACCUAUUUACAUGGUGGCUUUGUAAUUUUUGUUCUAUGUAAAAGUCAGAUCUGAGGACAUUGCUCUUUGUCAUGUGGACAUGCGAGAAAAGCAGUGUACAUUAUCCUCAGCAUGCCAGCCACUAUCAUUAAGUGGAAGGCUAGGCCUGAGGGCACUACUUGUGGAAUGACCUGCUUCGCUUAUAGUGGUCGCUCUAGUGGUUUCUGACUGGCAGAUAAUUGAGCAAAUGGUGCUACAGGUUAACGUGAUGGCAAGCUCAGAUUGUAGUCCCGCCGGAAUCUCGUUUCUUAAUCUCUGUCCCUUCAUGACGGUGAUAUGAACUGUACGGAAACGCCGUAUAAAUUUCUGUCUUACUACAACCGUGUAUCCCUUCUGUUGGUUACACAGUGUCCUCGAAUGGCAGAUUUGCCAAUUCAUUCAGAUCGUCUACUCUUCAUACUCGUUCUGCAUGUCGCCAUCCUGAGUAUCAUUUUCAAGCAGAUGAAGAGCUGUGUCACUUGUGCGGAUGUUAGUAGGGUUUGGUUAAAAAUUAUGUCAAGGCUCUUUCCAACUGCACCGCUGGUCUCAAAUUGAGUUUGAAACCACCAUGACAUGACUAGUUUCUUUGCACUGUUAGGGAGCAUGGGCACUACACAAGUCAUACAGUUGCAAUAGCCUGUGUGAUGUCGCUAUUGCAGCAUCACUUGCACAAGGCAAAAAAAGAAAGAAAAAUGAGAUUUGUAACAGCAUUGAUUGGCUGCAUUCAUGCAGUAUGCACGGUUGGGGACCAGUCUGUUUUGUGAAGUUGCUGCCCUGCCACAAUUAGUAUGUUUCUGGUAUGUGAACCAACCAGGGGCUCAUAUGCCGUAGCUUCUCAUAGAGUCCUUUUGGUUGAAGACAGUUAUUCCUUAGUAGCCACAAGAUGGAAUCGUUAUAUGUGUGUUGAAUCAUUAUAUGCGUGUUGAACUGUGCUGUUGGCUUGAAGCCUUCUACAACAGUGGCAUUUAUGGCACAGUUACGCAUGUGUAACUCAAAAGCCAUUCCGUGGUCGUGAAAACACCACGAUGUCAUCACUCCAUGGCUGCUUCUUAAAUCUCAAAGAUGCCGAAAAAGUGUGCCUACGUCUUCAUCCUGUGGCCAGAGCUUUCGAAAUGCGCAAUGCUAUGCAUAUGUUGUGGCUUUAGUUCCCACCUGCUGUACGUAGACUCUUUAGUACGAGUUGUCUGUUCCCAGAUCACUCAACUGAGGACCAGCUUUGCUGACCAUUGGGUGGCUGAUAAUUUGGUGGUCACUGGCUUUGUCAGAAACUUACUGUGUUUAAGUACAAGGUGUAGAAGAGGGGAAAUCAAGUCAAGAUGUCACUGUUUCCUGCGAACAAAGUUCGGAAGUUAACGCAGAUUUGGCAGCACGACAAAAAAGACGCAGACGACUGAAGGGAAAAAAAGGUUGAGCUUGGCGAGUUUUAUCAGUCUAAGCGCCAGACAAAGGACGGCAACGCUAACGCAAGUGCUCUUCCAUAAGGAACGAGUUACUGCUGUCCUUUCUUAUGUCUGUUUCACUUGUCUGAGUGCUUGUGUCGUUUGUCCUUGCUUGUUGCUGCACAGCUGAAGAAGACCACGAAUGCUGCGCUGCCAUUACCACCAGCCGAAGCCAAGCCACUCAUCGAAACCUAGUCAAACACAAACUAUGUUCCUCUGCCUUUUAGGCGGACCUCACUUGCAACAAAAGUGUGAUCAGGAUUUGUUACAACCUGGUCACUUUGGUAUUAAACACUUGUUUUGGUCAC